AUGCAUAAGAUCUCCAACUUCACAGGCCAUGCGAGAAAUGGUUGGGAGAAGGCCAUGACGCCGAUGGCAUUCGGCAGACACCAAGAGCCCGGGCUCAACCCGCCCAACAGGCGGCCUGCCGGAGCAGCCAUGUCCCCCAACCCAGCUAUCAGCGGCCAUAUGGUCAACCUGAGCUUCAACGUGCCCUUCAACUCGAACCUCCCCGGCCCGGACAAGGACGACAUCUUGUACAGCAGCGCCGGAGCAUAUCAAAAAUGGAUUCACGCGGAAGACGCCGCUGCAGAUAUGCCGAACCACGCCUUGCCUGUCCAUACGCGUAAUGUUGAGAAUCUCCGGAGUCUCUGCAAGCAGCUGAGCGAAGGCUCUGGGGAGCGCAUCUACGCUACCGUCACGUCGUCCAAGCCGAAGCCCAUCCCCGGCAUGCAGCGUGGACCACUGACUGCAUUGGUCACAAAUGUGUGCAUAUCGGGCGACGCGGAAGUCGUGCACAAGAUGCGGGCAAAGGUUUUGAAUGAGACACCCAUUACACUGCGAUGCGAGACCAUCGAUAUCGACCGCGAGACUGUCUUCCCAAAGAACCAGGAUGGUGCCAGACUUGAUAUCCUGGAGCAUAUGGACGAGAUUGCCAACCAGACCAAAGCCGACAUAUUCCUUCUCGAGUCCAAAGCCAAGCGGAAGGACUCGGACUCGGUCAGCUUUACCGGAGGCAUGGAAAAGAGUAUGGACAACAGACUUCGUAUACAUGUCUAUGGCGACUGCGAAAGCUCUGAGAAUGCGAAAACCAGACUUCUAAUCAUGAUCGACCAAAUACUUCAGCGCCAGGUCGAUACCAUCCGACUUGAGCUUUCUUUGCACAAUCUGAUCAGUGGCCGACACAGGAGGAACAUCAAGCUGAUUGAGUCGGCAACGGGCACAGCCAUAUACUUCCCUCCCAUGUUCCCGACCGUGUUCGGUUACACGCCACCUGGUUCAGUGCCGCUGCGAAGUAGAGACGACAUCAUCAUCACUGGCGAAAACAUGGAUAGCAUUCUGCAGGCUAAGAAGAGGCUUCACGACCUCGUGAUGGGUACAAAGACCUUUGUGAAAGAUGUGCAGAUUACAACCAGCAAGGUGGACUAUAUUCUGCUCGAGAGACUGGACAAGAUUCGCAGGAUCAUCGAGGCCAAUGGCUCUUACGUCCUACUGCCACCACUUGGAAACCACAGCGGAAUUCUACGCGUUCAAGCCACCGACAUCCUCAAUGUCGAACGGACUGUCAGAGAGAUCAUGGGCCUGGCUGGUCAAUUCUACAGCGCAUCUUGGUGGGUGACGCAUCCAGACCCAUCUCAACGACAGCCAACGCCCUCCGACAUCCGUGCCAUGCUCCCAGACAUAUGUAUCAACUCAGGCGCUGAGAUCACGUUCGAAAAGCUGAACUUCCACAUCAACGGUAGCGAUGAUUCGGUCAAAGCGGCCAUGUCUAUCAUCAACACUUUACCCUUCGUGAAGAAGGCGCAAUCCACCUUGCGUGUAAAGGUCGAACUGGCCAAUGAGCACAAAGAAUUCGUGAGCGGAAAGAAGAAUGGCAAGAUCAAUAAAAUCAUGAGCCAGAGCAAUGUUCAGAUUGUCUUUGACGGGUUCAACGAGUACAACUUCUACAUUGACGUCCGCGGGGCACAGUAUGAAGCGACAAAGAACGGACUGGACCUUGUCGAGCUUGAGAUGCCGGCUUCCAUCUCCUUCCACGUCCCUGAUCAAUAUCACAAGCGGAUCAUUGGUAUUGGUGGGCAGCAUAUUCAGCGCAUUAUGAAGAAGUACUCGGUCUUCGUCAAAUUCAGCAACGCCAUGGAUCGGGGCGGAAUCGGCAAAGAUGACGAUGAUAUCAAGGUCGACAACGUGAUUUGUCGAACGCCGGCUAGAAACGCCGACAAUCUCGAGCUUGUCAAGCAAGAGAUCAUGGACAUGGUUGAAAAGGUCGAUGCCGAGUUUGUCUCUGAGCACGUGCCCGUUGAUCGCCUCUACCAUCGCGAGCUGAUUGCUCGAAUGCCAGAGAUUGAAGAUCUUGAGAAGAAAUGGAAUUGCAAGAUCACGUUCCCUGGUACUGAACAAGCCAGCGAUAUUAUCACAGUCUCUGGACCUGAGUAUCAGGUGCCUCAGGCUGUUGACGAAUUUUUGGGCAUGGUACCGGAAACCCACGAAAUCGAAUUCCCGUCGUCUGAAAGCCUACGAAACUUCCUUACUUCGCCUGAAUUCCGCAAGGACACCGCCCAAAAGCUCAAGGAUCAGUAUGUGGUCGAGGUCACGGCCAAUGAGCCGAAGAAAGAGAAGCAAGGCGAGGACGAGGUCACUGUGGAAAGACUGGUCCUCAGCUACACUCGCAACAAUGCUGGUGGGCUCAAGGAUGCUAUUGACUUCCUGCUGCUGCCAUUUAUCUCGCGCGGCCUAGACCAGAAUGUGGUCAAAGGCGCAAUUCCUCGCCCGAAGUCUGACUCUUUCGAAGACAAUAUGCUCUACUUCGAGUCUAAACUUCUGCAGCGUGCCGAGCCUCCAGUGUCAACUGAGUCACCCACCCGCGCGACAUUUGGAGGGGAUGAGAGCACGACACGUUCCAUCUUCGACAAGCUCAGGAAACCGGGCAGCAUGUCUUCCUUUACCUCCUUCAUCGAGCGCCGCAGAAAGACUGGCUCUAACUCGCCUGCAUCCAUGUUCAUGCAGGCAUCAAACAAUGCCUCCAGGGCAUCUCUAGUCAGCAUGGAAUCGCGUGACUCGGGCUACCGCAACCCCUGGAACGAUUCUGGCAUCGAUCUGGAGCAUGACCAACAGAAUGGCCAUGGUCACGCUAACAGCUGGGGCUCCGGUACCUCGGUGGGCCCCUCAGGAACCAACGGCGACGUGACUCCCAAGUACGACGCCCGUGCCGACGGCGGCAUGGGUGGCGGAAAGGGCUCUCUUACGCCGGCUGAAGGUGCCAGGAACCCCCCGACCUCCCGCUCAGUGACCAGUGCCCCACAGACUACCAUUACUUCUGCUGCUGCGAGUACAACUUCUGGAUACCCGGCCUCAGGGCCUCCGCGUUGAUUUUACAUUGUUACGAAUUUGGGAAAAGAAUAAGGUGGAGUGAUUGUUACUGUGCGGAAUUUUGGUGUUUCACGCUGUUGUCGUUGUUUGUCGCCUCUUUUUACAUUUUUCGAUCAAUACCGGAAAUACCCCAUGUGCGACUCUAAGUAAGGGAGAAAGAGAAAGCAAUGAUUCGUGUGUUCUGCGUGGAUGCUGCUGCUACUGCUUGUUGUGUACACGGAUGAAAUGUUCGAUCGGGAUGGAGAUCGGGAGAUAUACCACUUUGCGAUGCUUUUGCUAGGGACGGAGGGAGUGGUGUCGUGCUGUUCUGUUCUGUUCGAUUCUGGUAUCAGAGAGGUGGCGUGGCCUUCUUGACUGGAUGGCUUUAGCCUCCACUCGCAUUCUUUGAACUGAGAGGGAUGAUGAACGGCCAGUCUUGGUGGCAAGGAGGCUUCGGUGUGUGCUCUCUCCUCUAUAGACGGACAGAGACAUUCCAGGACACUCUCUUAUUUGAUGACAUACAGUGGAUAGACGGAACGUAUCUUUACCUUGAAC